AGGCUCGCUCACUUCUUCCCCCUUUGUGCAUCCCCCUUCGCCAUAUCCAGCUGGGUCCUCUCAGACUCCGGCUCAUUAGCCGCGCUUUGUCCUCUGCCGCUGCAAUCUUGCCGAGCCACCACCUAUAAAUACGCGUCCCCGAAACCACUUUGCUCAAUCUCUCAUCGCAGUACCACUUGAGAUUCCAGAACUAAAAGCAGCCAAAAACACCUCCGAAGCUAAGGAACAGAGGCAGCUCGAUCCUCUCUUGUUGGACCGUGAAUCAAUCGAACUCGAAGAAGGGAAGAUGUGCCAGAUCAAGAAGGAGAUGACCGGGGAAUCGGGCUCGCCGUGCAGCGGGGACUCGGCCUCGUCGUCGUCGCAGCAGCAGCAGCAGCAGCAGACGGUGUGGACGUCGCCCCCGAAGCGCCCCGCGGGGCGGACCAAGUUCCGGGAGACACGGCACCCGGUGUUCCGCGGCGUGCGCCGCCGGGGCAAUGCCGGCCGGUGGGUGUGCGAGGUGCGCGUGCCCGGGCGCCGCGGCUCCAGGCUCUGGCUCGGCACCUUCGACACCGCCGAGGCCGCCGCGCGCGCGCACGACGCCGCCAUGCUCGCCCUGGCCGGCGCCGGCGCCGCCUGCCUGAACUUCGCCGACUCCGCCCAGCUGCUCGCCGUGCCGGCGUCCUACCGCAGCCUCGACGACGUCCGUCUCGCCGUCGUCGAGGCCGUCGAGGACUUCCUGCGGCGGUGCGAGGCGCGCGCCGAGGAGGAGGAAGAAGAAGACGCGCUCUCGGGCGCGUCGUCCUCCCUCACUGACAAUGACACCGGGGACGAGAUGACCUCUUCGCGAUCGGAGGAGGACUCGCCGUUCGAGCUGGACGUCCUGAGUGACAUGGGCUGGGACCUCUACUACGCGAGCUUGGCGCAGGGGAUGCUCGUGGAGCCGCCUUCCGCGGCUGCUGCGCUCGGCGAUUACGGCGAGGUUUGCCUCGCCGAUGUGCCACUCUGGAGCUACCAGAGCUAGUUGUUCGUACUAGUGCUUCCGAGUUUUGCCUUUUUGGUCUUGUCUUUGCUUCGAUGCCAAAAAUUCGGCACUGUACGGUCACUACUUUCAGUUUCUGGUAAUGUGAUGGUGCAAAUUAGGGAAACAGAGCAUGUAUGUACGUCACAAGGACGUCACCGCUUUCAGUUGUGAUAAUGUGAUGGUGCGAAUUGGGAAAACAGAGCAUGGCUUUUUGACU